GUACUAUACGCAAAUACCUUAUAUAAUAUAUUAUGUGCUGCUGAGCACAUAAAUCAAAGUAACAGUAACGCCGGAGUUCAUAAAUAUCAACUAGAUACAUGCACUGGUGAAUUUGGCACGCAGCUACUACAUCAAAACAUUAUACAUGCAUCAUAUUCAUGGCUACUAGAGUUUCAAUUUGGACAAUAAUCUUGGUAGCAAUGGUACCAUGCUUGCUAUUUUUCUAUUUCGGAGAUCCUCAAUUACAAGAGAUACUAGGAAAGUCCUACAUUUUCAGCAGUAGAGCAAGCCAUUACUGGAAUGCUUUAAAGCUUCCUAAUAUUCCUCGCUUCUUCUACUUCUUUCUCCCUUCUCAUAUUGAGAAAAAUGGUGCUCAAUUGCGGCCCAACAUAGAAGCCAAUAGAGGAGAAGAAAGAGAAAAGAGCAAGGUAAUAGAAGCAGCUGAAGAGAGCUUAGCAAAGACACAAUCUAUGAUGGAAGAGUCUGCAAAAUCCGCGGCGGAGGUGGCUGGCGAGGCCGUGCACAGGGCAGCGGACAUGGUGAAGGAGUCCCUCUCUACAUCUACACCCGAAGUUCGGCGGCCUCGGUGUGAACUUUAAGUGAAAACAUCAUUUAUGCAAAAUUUUUGACAUCAUUAUAUAUAGUCUAAUCUAGUAUAGUUUCUUUAUCUAUAUAUAGACAUGGAGUCCUUGCAUUUUUGCAUUAGUACAUUGUGUAGGUUUCUGAUGAAUAAUAAUAGUUCAUGUCCCUUGGAAAAAUAAACUUUUUUUUGGGCCUGUAUGGAUGUGUGAUGCAAUUCAUGAAUAAUCUCAUGUAGAAAAAUCACAAUAACGGAUUGUAAAUUUUUAUGA